AGCGUGGAAAGAAGCGGCGCAUUCGCUGAUAGGACUUAUCAAACAUUUUCAAAGGAUGACUGGAUUUUGUUUGGAAACACGCAGUCCCUGUUUGCCUACACAACUCAACAUUGUAAAGAAAGAAGAGCAAUAAAAAGCACAUGGACGUUUAGGGAGUACUCUGUGCGGGCUCUUAGGGAGGGCGAAGAAAAAGCCUGUAGUAAGAAGCCUAUGCACACUUCUAAGAGGAAACGUGCGCACGUCGCUCCUUCUCUAUGCUGCGUUACUAGAACCCACCUAGGAGUCGCCAGACGGCCUAAAGCAACGAAUCUGGGAGCAACAGAGCGGAAGCUGGAGCCUCGUCGUUUCGUCAACACUUGAGCUUUCGUUUCUACGCGCAAGCGAGGUUCCGCGAAAAUUUCUCAUAAUCUUUAUCAUCUUGCGUGUAGGCCUUGAGAAGUGUUCACGGUGAACCUCUUCCGAAUAUCUUCGACAAGAUGGGGAACAAUCAACAAGCGAUGCUAGGAGGGGAGGGGUCCGUCUUCCGCCACACGAUGGACCGAGAUCAGCUCAAUGCCUUCGUAGCGACUAUCAAUGAAAGCAGUGAAGCGAUCAGGAACAUCCAUGUCCAUGCAACGUAUAUUCAGGUAUUAAUGAUAUUCAUAUUGAUUCUACUAGUCUAGAAAAUGAUAUUUGUUGCAGCAGCACUAGCAGUAGCUAGUCUUUACAAAAAUUUUCUCAACUACGCUACCAUUGAAAAUUAGUUUGAUACCGACAAUCAAUGUCAUGGCCGUACUAUUAGUACCUACUUGAUACUAGUUACUACUACCUGAUAGUCAACACCUCCGUUUUAUCUGAGUUUUCUUUUUUUUGAUCAAAGGGUCACGCGCGUGCGGCAACCCAAGCGGCAGGAGGUAUGGAGACCAAGUCGCAGGUGCUUCUCGCAGGCUUAUUGAGGAUGAGGGACCUUGUACAAGAGAAGUCUGACAACUUCAUUCUACAAGCAGGGAAAAUAUUAUGAAGGGUUCUUGUGAUCAUGGCGGAGGAGACGACGCCUUUUUUUUAUGUGAUGAUCCAUUGAAGACGAAAUCUUGAUUCUAGUGGUGAUUUCUUGUUGGAAGUGAUAGAUCAAGCUGAAAAUCUCGGAUUUGCGACCUCUAAGAACAGGACAAGAAGCAGGCCGCAGAUUUGCUCGGGUGACGCAGCGACUGGAAACCCUGGAGAUCCAACCUUUUUUGGAUGAAGUAAAAGGUUCUUAGAUUUGCUAAUCGAUAGGUUUCAUCAGUCUGACUACCGAGCUAUAUCGAAUUAGGUACAAUGAAUAUUUAAGUUCAAGUUUUAUCUUCAUGAUUGUUUCACUUUCACCCUAAGCUUUUCCUUGUACCCGUUACGCACUUGAGAUAUCUUUCUCCCUCCUCUUUGUUGUCGUAUGUUACAGCACCUUCUCUCCUCUUCAAUAAAUUUGCACCAUAUGAACACCGCGCCACCACUAGGAAACAUCAUCCUCGUCGUCGUGCCGCUUAUCGUGCUCAUAUUGGAGGUGUUUGUCUUCGGUGCAUAUCUUAGUAUAGUGGUUGCAACUCUGCCGCAAGUGAGUCUCCACGUUCGAUCCUAUUUGAUCGUGGGAGCAGCUAUGGCGAUCGUCUGCUAUCUCGGCGCUUUGCUUUGGUACUAGUGUUUUUUUGUUAUGAAGACACCAUGACAUGACAAGUAUACCCACUACCUCAUGGAGGUGGCACCGCGGUUGCUUUUCUACAUCACAAGCUUAUAUUCAAAAUGGUUUUAUGUAGAAGUAGUGGAUACCGGAAGAUAUUAUAAUACACAUACAGUUACACUACAUCAAUGCAGGUUUUCAUCUGACCGAUCGUUGAACUUCAAUGCACUAGAGUGAAGACCUUGUUUCACCCAGGUUUUCAUCUGACCGAUUGUUGAACCUGACUCGAGAACGGCGCAAGACCAGACGACGAAAGGAACAGAAAUUCGAACGAUUAGUGAAGGAGAUGCGUACACAACAUCAACUACAAUCGCCGCUCGAAUUGCAAGUCCUGCUAGCUGACCCUCAAGCGCGUCGUGCUCUAGAAAAAGCAGGAUCACUGCAGCAGGGCCUGGCGUCUCUGCGCCAUCACUCGUCCGCUACAAAAGCUGGUGGUGGGACGGUCGUGAGCCAGAGGUUCUCCAAAGCCUCCGAGCGUGGGCCAAGAGCUGUUUCAUUCGCUUUCGAAGCUGAAUCCAAUGGUGAGCCAGGAAGUGGACAAACGGGCGAUGGACAAACAGGCGAUGGACGAAAUGCAAUUAUGUGAACAGGAUCUUUCUUCAUCUCGCGUGAAAUGUUUUUUUCAACACUAGCUUGCAGUACUAGCUUGCAGUACCCUCUUGCCGCUAAUUCACGUCCCAGACCAAGCAAGAGCGCAACCGGAACGUCAAGUGGUGCAGCAUUUGUGCCACCUUUUUUUCAAUCCCAGUAUAGGAUAAGCAGGCCUUCGAACGGAGAUGGUGGUAAAUCCGUGAACCCGAUGCAGCGGUGGCGAGAUAGACGCGCUCGAGAACGGGAAGGCCUCCGAAAAGAAUUGGCUGACUUAGAGGUCCAGCUGCGCGCUCAGAUGAUUAUGGAUGGUGUACUGAGUCAUUUAAGAAGAUUGCUGAUUUAUUGAUAUUGCUGACAUGGUGAAGAAAUUCUUAGAAUGAUAGAUCGUACUAGGAACAAACGUAUCACAAUUUAGUCAAUGCAAAGGUAAAAACCUUCACCGCGAGCUCUUUUUCUAACCUACCUGAGCUGCAGAAGCAAAAAAGGGAAACUAGCAAGAUGUCUGCAACGUCGACCACCGACAUGAGGUAGCAGGGCGCGUCAAUCCCAUCCACCCGUGUCCAAGGUGGGGCACAGUACGGCUUCCGUUGCGGUGCUUUGCGGGAUCGAAGUUUACUGCAAAUCCACUGAAGCAGGAGCGAAUGAGCUGAAUUAUAGAGAAGUUGAUUCUACUAUCUAAGAUUAAGAAGCUCUAUUUCAUCUUACCUGCUGAUAGAACAAGAUGAGGCUACCCAUUUCUCGCCAACGGCAUCCUUUUAUGGACGUAUCCGAAAGGUUAAGAUUGGUGUACUCGCCAACGGCAUCCUUUUAUGGACGUAACCGAAAGGUUAUGGUACCCAUUUCUCGCUAACGGCAUCCUCCUAUGGACGUACUGGUGUAGAAAAUUUUGAUCACAGAAUUAGACAAAGAGAGCAAGGGUCUCUCGAGAGGUCCUUCUAGGAUUGUCCUUCUGGGUCCUUCUAGGAGGUCCUUCUAUAAGGAUCUGAAUCCUCGAGUUUGUGUAGUUGUUUGGUCCGUUUCUAUCGUGCACUUGUGUCAAAAAAAGAUCAUUCUCGACUCUCUAUCUGACGGGGGAUCUCCGAUGUUACUGCGAGAUCACAUGGGACAACAAGCUUUCGUGGUCAUAGAUGUUGUUGUAUCCACAGCCCUUCAAAUGCAAAGGAAUGCAAGAUGAAAAUGAAGAGACCUCGUCCAACUUGUUGAUGUUGGGAUGCAGAUCUGCUGCGCGGUGCGCUGCGUGCGGCUGUGGGUUUCUAAAACAGGAGGUCUUUCGUCCAAUGAAAAUGGCCAUCAGCAGCUGUCAGUUCAUUCUUGAGUUCAAGCAUCC